CUGGUAGUGGAGGAGGAGGAGGAGGAGGAGGAGGAGGAAAUUCUGCCUCUGGAGGUUCUUCCACAAGAGCGAGGGCAGGGUCCAGAGAGCUCUAUCUGGAUUCGACGAAUGGCUCUGGCAAGGCCUCCCCGUAUCACGCCACAACAGGGAACACGGGGACCCUACGGGCAAGUGCCAUGAGACAGCGAGCAGCCCCCCAGGAGCCAAAUUACCUACUGCUUCGCCAUCAAGAGCAAAUGGAAUUCGACCGGAUGCAGCAGAAUUCCAACAGUCGCUCAGAGCUCCUCGAGAACGAUCACAAUGCAACAAUGUAUGAAAUGUCGGCCCCCUACGUAGCCCUUCCACCUCGACCGUAUGAGAUUUUUCGCAACUUUGAUGGUAAGUUCGUGCGCACCACCUACAUCAAUGAUUACGAUCAGCAGUAUAUGGACCAAAGCAUCUACCAGCCUCCUUACAUGUCCAACCGACCUACUGCCCAUCAUACGUUGCGUCGACCCAGUAAAUCCAGAAGGUCCAAUAAUCCCCCUAGUGAUAACUAUGGUAACAAUUGUUGCCCAAGGGAAGACUUCCCCAUGGGAUCGAGUGGUCGGGGACGCAAUCAAAUGGGCAUGUCAACCAUGCAGCAACCCUACGCCACUUUGGGCCGAGUACGAACCGAUAAGCGAGCCCCUUGUCCAGCUCAAGGCAUUGGGGACAACUACGGCCGGAAUCCGUUGGUCUAUCCCGAUGAUAGUCGUAGUCUGGCGUCUUAUACGGAUGAUUGUCUUCCCAUCGCAGGCUACCACGACCAUAAUCUCGCUCUCCAUGGAGGUAGCCUUCACCCGCAGUCCGCUGGUGGCCAAAACUCGCGUCUCAUGUCAAGAAGCACAGAUAGGAAUCUGGACAGUCUCAGCGAUGAAGAUCUCCUCAUGCAAGGUGGCAUUCCCAUGCGGACAUCCGAGGAAAUGCUUACACUUCUCACCCGCGAACCGCCUGAUGGCAAAGAGAAGCCCGAGCCCAGCAAGACGAGCCUCCUCAAAUUGGAGGCUCUCUCCCGGAAAAACUCCAAGUGUGAUUUGUUAGACACCUCAAUCGACGGGGGUAACCGCCCAUCACUCUCCUCUUCCACCACGCCCAUGCAAAACCCAUCCAACAACGGGCAGACUUCUUCCUCAGAGUGCCGAUCUGAGGCAGCAAGCUUAUGUGGGGAUACGGCCAGUGUUAUGAGUGCAGGCAGUACUUUGACCAGUGCGGCCAUGUCCGGACAGGGCCACAAUAGCAUAUCCAAGACCGACAGUGGCAUGUCUUCGGGACUAUCGUCUACCAAGCGAGAUUCUCUGACUGGCUCCUUGGCCAUGAAGGACAACGUCUUCCUCGAUAGCCAUAGCAGUAGCAGCAGUAGUGCAAACAGUGCGGUUACCACCUUACAACAAUCACAGCUGCAGCAAGACCAGGAUCUUGACUCAGGACUGAGUUCAUCCCUCCCAAGCAACAAAGAAUGGAAAUCUGUCACCGGUAGUCCGCGAUGUUCAACUCUCAACUCAAACGUGGUGGGCGUUGUGGCGUCAUCCAGUGCCACCUCGCCCAAGGCCAGUCUCGCCACGCCCUCAUUAGUGUCCUCCCGGGCCAGUCAGAUCCCAAUCAAUCCCUCAGUGGGUGGGAUGGUUGUACCACAACAACGCUCCAUUGUCAGCUAUAACCCGCCCUCGGCAGUGAGCAUACCCAAUGCUCUUCCGAGCCACACCUUCAGUCCCAACACAUUGAGCACGGGGCGUUUGACCACCGCCGCUGGAUGGAAUGUAGCCCUCAAACGAUCUUGUCAGUACGUCAUCGUCGGCACAGCCAAAUUCUUUGGGGUGGAUCCCACCAGUGAAGCCAUGUCCAAGAUGGUGUGGGUGGAACGGAGACGUCGGAUCGCCAUCAAAAAGUUCGGCGGGGUCAAGGACGAGUACGCUAUCCGAGAUGGUGGGGGGCACUCCACGCAUGCCAACCCUCAGUUUGGCGACGGGUGUUCUCGCUUCCGAUAUGACCACCAUCUCACGUCAGAGCUCGAAGGAGACAAAAUGGUGCUAAAAAUCACAAAACCUCCACGAAACAAAGAUUCACUCAGCAGUAUGACCGGUCAAGGCAUGUCCUACCUUAUCAACUCUCUGAUGAUUCAUAAGGUGCCCAUUCAUCAGAUCGUGGCGGAGCAUGAUAUUUCUAGAAGCUAUCAGCCUUCCAUGACGGGCAUUGCAGCUUACUACCAGGCUGAGCAGUCUGGAGGCCUGGCUGUGUGCCCUCCUCCACUUCCUAGAGUUCCAUCCUCUCAUCAUUUGCAUGGCGAGAGUCCAGCCGAAGAGGUUUUCUUCACCAAACCCAACUGUGAUGGUGAUGAUCUCAGUUUCCAGAAACGGAUCGCCUACAACUCGGACCAAUAUAGGUCAUGCAGUUGGCAAUUACCACGACCCGAUGCCCCCGACUUGCCUCCACGGAUGAGCUCCGAUGUAGGAGCCUCUCGGAUAUGGAACCGCUUACUAGAUGCAGCAUUUGACAACUCAGAUCGACGGAAACAUGGCAUGGGUGUGGUGGGGCGUGUCGUUUCGUCCCGAAGGAGAGCUACUCGCCGUCCACCCGAAUCCAACCGGAAACGAAAACUGGGUGGAAACUCUAGUGAUCACCGGCCGUAUUUCACUUACUGGAUGACCACGGUUCAAAUCUUGGUGAUGCUCAUAUCAAUGAUGGUGUAUGGAGUGGGCCCAGUGGGAAUCGAUCUCUACAAGAAAGCCGGAAUGGUACUCGUGACCAAUUUGGAAUUGGAGCCUGUGGACCAUUUAGAACCGGCCAAUUUCUGGAUUGGACCCUCAGCCACCUCUCUAAUUCAUUUGGGUGCAAAAUAUGCGCCUUGUAUGAGAUGGGAUGAAGUCCUAGACCGUGAUAUCAAAGAAGAGCGACUCAAAGAACGUGAUACGGCUUGUUGCAUCCGGAAGGAUCGUGCCGGAUGUGUCCAGAGUCCCAAGACUGAAUGUUCCAAAGUCGGUGUUGGAGGUCCAAACGAGGAUCUCGAAGGUGGAAUGGAUGGCAAUGGAGGCAGCGUGGGUGGAGUUCCUCCUCGGAGUAAUUGGUGGCGGCCAUCUGAAUGGUAUUCAAAAUAUCCCAACGAGAACCGGAGAUCAUCAGGGCCAGUAUGUGGAUUGGAUCCAGCAUAUUGCGAAGCUCCCGCUUCGGUCGCUCCGUAUAUUUGGCCAGAUGAUAUUACGAAAUGGCCAAUUUGUCGCCGGAAGACCGAUGUGGAGAACCUGGACCAAAUGGGUCACACUGCAGAGCAUAUGAUAUGUGAGAUCAUUGGUCAUCCCUGUUGCAUUGGGAUCCGUGGACAGUGCAAGAUUACCACCAAAGAGUAUUGCAUGUUCGUGGGUGGAACGUUCCACGAAGAGGCCGCUCUUUGCUCUCAGGUGUCCUGCUUGGACGAUGUGUGCGGGCUUUUGCCAUUCCGUGAUAGAGAUGUUCCCGAUCAAUUCUACCGAACAUGGACGCCUUUGUUUCUUCAUGCUGGGAUCAUUCACCUUUUGAUCACUGUGGUGUUACAGUAUUGGCUGAUGCGAGAUCUAGAGAAAAUGGCUGGUACCGCAAGAAUUGCCAUCAUUUACUUGGGAUCAGGGAUGAUUGGAAAUCUAGCAUCAGCCAUCUUCGUUCCAUACAGAGCUGAGGUGGGCCCUGCGGGCGCCCAUUUUGGUCUCCUGGCCUGUUGUAUGGUCGAAAUCAUUCACCAAUGGCACAUGCUCAAAUAUCCCGAGAUGGCCAUCCUCAAAUUAGUGGGCGUGACGGCAGUGCUGUUCUUGGCGGGUCUCCUACCUUGGGUGGAUAACUACGCUCACUUGUUCGGUUUCAUCUCGGGAUUCUUCCUUUCCUACGCUUUGUUCCCAUUCGUCACUUUUGGUGGGAGUUACGAGCGGAAACGGAAAUUGCUGUUGGUGGUGAUCUGUUUGGCCUCGGUGGUUCUGUUCUUCGUCGGUCUUCUCCUUCUUUUCUACAUCACACCCAUCCAUGACUGUGAGAUCUGCAAGUACUUCAACUGCAUCCCGAUUACCAAGGAUUUCUGUGCAGAUCAGAACAUCGAUCUUCGUUCCGUUGAGAUUUGAGAAUAUCCAGCUUCAGCUCCAACUCCUCUCGUGGAACAAAAGGUAUCAAACCAAUGUGAAAUAUUACCCAGCAGCCAUCGCCAUCUCCUCUUCAGCAUCACCUUCCAAGUGUCAAAUUUGUCUCUCUCUCCCCUGUCACUUCCCCUAAAAAUCAGCCACGAUGUUGCCACGUGUCCUCUGGAAUUACUUAUCCACCUCCAUAAAUGCCAUUCAACCAACCAACCACGGGUCCCUGGGUUUUUAGGACGCAUCACUUCAUUGAACGACAUGACGCCAAGGCCAGCCGUUGUUCCACGAUCAAGAACCCUUUUGGAAAAAGAUGGAUGGACACGGUCAAACAGCGUCCAUCAAAUGUCAAUUUUCAAGUGCUUGAAUGAUGCACCCUGCUCAUCCAGGUUUAAUCCCAUUGGAAGAUUGCGUGGUAACUCUUGGGGAUGAAUUAAGAUAAGUCGGCCCGUCUCGAGUGAUGCCAUCUUCUCUAGUUAAUUGACACCCAACAUCACGACUCAAGUGGCACUGACAUGACCCUAUCAAAGCCCACCCCAUAAUACCCAUUUUAUAUACUGCAAUUACUACCACUAUACUUUAGUGUAUAAAGUAUACUUUAUCGAAAAUAGUCUACAAUGUCAUCGCCGCAAAGGGAUGGAUGAUCAUUGGUACAAUUCUGGAACACUAUGUGUACUUUGAAAUCCCUUUCUUGGUUCAUUUAAAAAUCAUGGUCGGCAUUAUUUUCGGGCUCAUUCGGAAAGCCCCCUCCCCUCCCCUUUUUAUUCAUGUUUGGACAUUCCAUUUAGGACAUUUUUUCGUAUCUUGGGAGCAUGACCCUUGACCUUGUGUUGUAAACUCAAAUUUUCCUGACUUACUGCAGUCCAACCUUCAAAAGCGUUGUUGUGAUCCACCAUCCAAAGAAAAAAAAAGAGAUGACAACGACAACAACCUCAAACUCGACACUCUGAGUGACUCCGAAGUUGUUAUUGCCAAAUUCUGUUGUUUUAUGAUAAUCAGUAUCAUUAUUGUGCAUCUUUUAAUCUUCAUCAUCAUUAAUAUCAUUAUCACCAUCACAACUAUUACCACCCCGACAACCAAUAUUCCUAUCAUUGUCAUUAUCGUCUCUCUCUGAAUAUUACCACUGCUACCACUAUUGCUACAACUUUGACUGCUGAAAUUUGUUAUAAAAAACAAGCCAUAUUAUUUUCCUGCUCAGAUGUGACAUCCGUAAUGAAUGAUAUUAUUGAUAACUUAUUUGAAAUGGGAAAUAAACUCGUCGGAAUUUUAACCAUA